AUGCAACUCGGUCACUUGUGCCACGCCGGGUGUCCGUAUCUGUAUUCGAUCAUGAAGGGUCGGUUCCCGAAGGAGUGCUAUCUGUACUCGUCCAGCUCCUACGUCAUGAGCAAGCGUCGCCAAGCCAUUGAAGAAUGUUUCACGACACUCCUUGAAGCGCUUCGCAAGCGUGAGAACCACUCGUCCUGUAGCAUUCUACCGGGGACAGUGGCGCUGGAAUUCAUCACGUUCCUGAACGAGGCCCUGCCAAUCGACCACGAGUUCCGUUGGGAGAAUUUCGUGAGCUUCUCUAAGACACCCAGUUGUAGCUCAACGUGGUACAGCACAGACGACAGCAGUCGCAGCCUCUCCACUCCGUCAGGCCUCUCAAGAUGCUGGCAGUCGAGUAGUGACAACAGUCUCCAGUCGUUUCGAUCAACUGGCAGCAACCAGAGUAUGCUGCUGGACACAUGCGGGUUGUGCCCCAGCGACGACGCGGCCAAGGGGGCGUUGACCACAUGGAGCUGCGGCCACCGAUUCCACGACCAGUGCGUCGUGACCAAGCUCAAUGAGACGCUGGCGUGCCCCACCUGUGGCCAAAAGCUCUGA